CAUUCGUUCUUCGUUCGUUGCUCGUGUAGUACUUGUGCGUGAGCGCGGUUUUGUUCAUAAAAAAAUAAAAUUACACCGUCGCCAUCUUUAAUUUUCUUCAAUUGAAGAAAGAUUGUGAAAUUUUACAAAUAUAUCUUAAUUUAAUACUGUGAAAGUUAAUUCUUCGUCAGAAGAUAUUUUUCGAUCAUUUGCAUUUAGCUAAUCCUCUAAAAAUAAAACUAAUAAAGUACUAGCUUUUACGCUUGUUCUAUGUUAGUGAAUUUUGUGUCUGUGCUUUGUUGAUUAUUAUUAUUUCAACUUUUGGAAAUUCUAAAUUUAAAAUUUUACAAAACCAAAUGUCUCCCAGCGUUAAACAGGUUAAUAACAACACAAAUAAGAAAAUGGCAUUCCGAGGUAAUCAGAAUCGCAACCGCAAUUUCGGCGGUAAUAAUUAUGGUGGUGGCCCAAUGGGUGCCAAUCGCAUGGGAAACAUGAACAUGUCGCCGUGGGAUACCCCAAAUGCCGGUGGUAACUUUGGCGGUGGCAACAUGCGUCAAGGCGGCGGUGGCCAAGGCAUGAACGCACAGGCCAUUAAUUUGGCUAAUAACUUGUUGAACAACUUGUUCAGAAACCAAAAUCCACCAUCUCUGUUGGAUCUGCCACGCGGCGGAGGAGGCGGUAUGGGCAAUCGCAAUCAACGCGGCGGACCGAUGGUCAAUCGUGGUGCUCCUGGCAAUCGCAUUAAUAAUCGCCGUGCUCAAGGAGGUUUUCAAAACCGUGGCGCAGCUGGUGCUAAAUCAGCACAAAAGCAAGGCGCUGGCGGAAUUCGCAAGCAGAAUGCUUUCGAUCGUGCUAAGAAACUUUUGGCUAAAAAUGCCAACAAUAACAAAAAGAAGGAUACCGCUUCUGGCGAUAAGAAAACUGAGAGCAAGGAGUCACCCUAUGCCAGCGUACCCAACGACAUGUUCUAUUGCCAUUUGUGUAAGAAACAUAUGUGGGACGCCAACUCGUUCGAGAAUCACAUUAAGGGUCGCACACAUUUAAUGAUGCGCGAGGGCAUCGAAGAAAGCUAUCGCCUAAAGGCUAAUAUGAUACGCCAAGAGGCCAAGAUCGCUGAGCAAUUGAAAUCGAUUGAAUUGGAUCGUUUGAAGCGCAUGGGCAAGACCAAGCAACGCCAAUUGGAAUAUUGUACUAUGUGCGAUUUGAAUUUCCAUGGUCAUAUUUCGGCGCAUCGUAAAUCGGAGGGUCACUUGAGUUUGAAGAAGUUCUUGCAUCCCAAAUGUAUUGAGUGCAAUAAGGAAUUCGCUACACGCAUUGAUUACGAUACACAUUUGUUAUCGGCUGAUCACUUGCAAAAGGCCGCCGAGAAGAACACCAAGGUUGGUGAACGUAAGCGUAACACAUUGACUAUUCAUACCGAAGAAGAGGAGUCGAAGGACUUGCGUCCACCACAAAAGAAGAGGAAGAAGCCUGUUGCCAAGAAGGCUGAGGGUGAGGGUGAAGUCAAGAAGGAGGGAGAAGAAGCUGCUGAAGGUGAGGAGGCCGAAGGUGAAGAAGCUGAAAAGAAAGAGGGUGAAGAGGGCGCUGAUGAAACCAAAGAGGGUGAAGAUUUAAAUGAAACACAAGAAGAGGAGGAAGUCGCUUUGCCCGUCGAUCCAGAAGACUGCAUUUUAGACUUCUCUGAUGGUGAUGAAAUACCGACCGAAGUCGAUACACGUUUGCCCAAAUACAAUUGGACACGUCCAGUUGGUGCCGGUCUCAUUACGAAAUUGGAGUGUUUCGAGUGCUCGCUAUGCGGCAAAUUCUUCGAUACAGAAAAGACCGUCGAGGUGCAUUCUCGCACUGUUACACAUCACCGCAACUUCUUGAAGUUCAUUAACGAGAAAGCGAGCGAUACUAAGAUCGCGCAAAAACGCGCCGCCGCCGCUCUUGAGGAGAGUGAACGCAAGAAGCGCAAGUUGGAGGAAGCUGAAGCAGCUGCCACCGAAGUUAAGGCAGAAAAUGGUGAAGAGGGUGAGGGUGGUGAAGCCGCCGAGGGUGAACUGUACGAUCCAUCCGAGGCUACUGGUGAUGAUGAAGAUGUAGAAAUGAAUGAAAAUGGUGAAGCCGCCGAAGGCGAGGAGGGCGAUGAAGAGGCCGGCGAUGAGGAAAUGGAGGCACAAGAACAAGAUGGUGAAGCCGAGGCUGAGGUCGAUCCUGAGCCUGAGCCAGAGCCAGAACCAGAGCCUGUUAAAGAACAGCCAAAGCCCGAGCCUGUCAAGACACCAGCCAAAGCCGCUCCAGCAACACCAGCACCAGUCACACCCACAGCUGAAACAUCGCCGGCCAAAAAAGCAACACCAGCUCGCGCCGCACCAAAAGCAACGCCGCGUGGUCGUGGACGUGGACGUUACAAUCGCUACUAAGCAAAUAGUUUGAGUGUAAACGUUUAACUAGACAAACAAAAAAUUAAAAGAAAAUAAUGAUUUCCACUAUUUAAGUUUAGUUGUACUACUUUCCAACAAAUUAUAAAUAAAAACAAAAAACCCUUAUGUUUUGCAACUUGACAAGAUAUAAUUAAUAAAUAAAACUAUAAAUUCAAUAUACACCUAUUCUAUAUUAAUAAUUUAUUAUUAACUUAAUUGCAAUCAUACUUACUGAAGAUCUAUCGAAACAUAAUAUUUCAUUGAAAUAUACGAGUAAAAAAUAUUCUACUCUAGAAAGCAAAAUAACAAUGAAAAACAUUUAAAGCCAGUAAAAAUUGUCAAAAUCAUAAUAAAAAGAGUAAGGGGCGCACAUGCAAACCUUUUUGCAAAUGUGUGAAUGAGUAUUUGAAGAGAAGUAUUGUCCUGUGUGUGGUGUUUUGAAUCACAAGCAGAAGAGGUACACUGGAUUUGAUGCUGUAUUAUGCAUUAUAAAAUGUAAAAGCAUAUUUUAAGAGGUAAAUAAAACAACCUUUAGAUGUACAAAAUAAAAAAAACUGA